AGGGCAUCCGACCAGCUCUCCUACUUGUCGGCUUGCAUCGCUAAUUGUCCAUGUCGAGUAGCGAUAUCGACGGCUAGCCUCCGUUCGUUCCUCCUCUCGCCCGCCCCUCUAGACACCUGAGCAACCUCACAGGCGCCAAGGCAGCAAUUGCGCCAGUCGCAAGCGCGGAAGAGCAAUACCACCAAAACAGCAUGAUUAAGUGCGUUGCCUAGAUCCUUCAUCCACGGCCAUCCACCCCAUCCGACGAGGACGACGAUCACCACUAUCACAGACAUGGCAGCUACUCGCCAAUGGGGCAUCACGCCGCCCGUGUCGACGAGCUUCCCGACCGACAAGGAGCUCGCUCUCAGCGAAGCUCUCGUCGCCGAACUCAAGGAGCAGAAGAACUUUGAAUCCACAGAAGACACAAACAAGCGAGUCGCCGUCCUGGCCACCUUCCAAAGGGUCACCGUCGAGUUUGUCAAGCACGUCGGCAGGCUGAAGGGGCUUCCCGACAGCGUCUUGCAGAAUGCUGGCGGCAAGGUCUUUACCUUUGGCAGUUACCGUCUUGGUGUCUUCGGGCCAGGCUCCGAUAUCGACACGCUUGUCGUUGCGCCCAAACACGUGAGUCGCGAUGACUUCUUCGAGCACUACCGUGGUCUACUGGAGUCCAUGUCGCCUCCCGGUUUCGUCGAGAAGUGCACACUGGUGCCCGAAGCCCACGUCCCCAUCAUGAAGCUCGUAUACCAGGGCAUCGAAAUCGAUCUCAUCUUUGCCCCUCUACAACUCAAUUCGGUCCCACCAAACCUUGACCUCGAAGACAACAGCCUGCUGCGCGGCCUCGACGACCAAGAUCUGCGCAGUGUCAACGGAACAAGAGUCACCGACGACGUCUUGCGUCUCGUGCCCCAGGAAAAGACUUUCCGCCAUGCUCUGCGCUGCAUCAAGCUCUGGGCCUCCAAGCGUGCUAUCUACGGCAACAUCAUCGGUUUUCCGGGAGGUAUCGCAUGGGCCUUGAUGGUUGCUCGUAUCGCUCAGCUCUACCCCAACGCCUCCAGCUCGCUGAUUGUCUCGCGUUUCUUCAGUCUCAUGAAGACUUGGAGCUGGCCCAUGCCUAUCAUGCUGAGGACUAUUGAGUCUCCUGGUCCUCUCGGCAGUAUGGUCAAAAUCUGGAAUCCUAGGAUCUACCCUGCAGACGGCCGCCAUAUCAUGCCUAUCAUCACCCCAGCUUAUCCUGCCAUGUGCGCUACUCACAACGUCACAAAGUCUACCCUGGCUGUCAUCACGCGCGAGCUUGAGCGUGGCGCCGAAAUCUGCAGUCAAAUCUUCGAUGAAAAGUCCGACAAGCAAUGGAAGCAUCUUUUCGAAGGCCAUACCUUUUUCACAAAGGACUUCAAGUUCUAUCUCAGUAUUGUUUCGGGCAGUCUAAACGAAGAGUCACAAGGCGAUUGGAAAGGUUUAGUACAAUCAAAAGUGAGAAGACUCAUCGGUAGCAUCGAACAGUCCCAGCCGAAUGUCGCUUAUGCUCGUCCAUUCACCAAGGGCUACGAACGUAUGCACCGUGUCAAGAACGAUGAAGAGAAGGACCAAGUCAUGCAAGGCAGCACGAAGUAUCAAAUUUCAAAGACCGAGAUUGUCGAAGAGGCACAGAACGUCAAACAGUUGUCUGCCGAAGACACGUCCGCUGACAAUCUCAAUGAAGCCGUCUCGAAGAUUGAAAAGCCUGACGAGAAAGAAAAUGGCAUGACCAACAUUUGGACAACAACUUACUAUGUUGGCCUUGAACUGGUACCCGGAGCCAAAACCCUCGACAUUGUUCAUCCCGUGAAGGAAUUUAGGCACCAAUGCACGCAGGCUACGCAGUACAAUGAGGACGUGAACUCCAUACGUGUCGUUGUUGCGAAGAGCUACGACCUACCCGACGAUGUUUUCCAGCCUGGCGAGCAGCGUCCAGUUAAAGCAAAGAAGGCAAAGGCCGCGAACGGAACCAAGAAGCGAAACGCCGGCGAAGCAAACCUGGACGUACGUAUACAACCACGAUGUCGACAAAAAGCCUUACCUUCUGGGAUACCAUGAGCAGUUCUUCCGCCUAUCUUCUCCUUAUCUUCCAUUUCUCGUCGUGUUUGUCUACUGACGCAGAUUCCAAUCGAUAGGAAAACGGCGAUGCACAAAAUGCAUCUAAGCGCAGACAGUCUGGCGUCACCAACGGCCAGGAUGCUUCUAACGGUGUCAAGACUUGAUCACCUCAUACGGUACGGCAUGAUUCUAAUCCAUCUUGC